AUGUCUAACGACUACACACCAUUAGACGGUUCUACAAGGCCUUACAGAACCAGAAAGAAUUGGAUUCUUUCUGCAUUUGCAUUUGUUAUAGUGCUCUCGGUUUUUGGAGCCUCUCGUAUUGUCCACAAUGCCUCAGAAACGCAUCCCGAACCUUUGAUGUGCGACAAUGUGCAUAAGUUGGACCAUUUGCCCAUUCAAAAAAUCCAGAAACUACUCAAUGACAAGGCCCUGUACAAUGAGACCCUUGCCAAGCUACAGAACGCAGUCCGGGUACCAACAGAAAUCUCCGACUCAGCAGUAAACCCUGAAGUGGACCCGGACCACGAAAUAUGGACACCUUUUAAACAACUGCACAAGCAGCUAGCCAAAGACUUUCCCACAAUGUGGGACAAACUGGAAGUCGAACAUGUCAACCAUUAUGGACUUAUCAUCACUUGGAAAGGGUCUAAUUCAAAGCUCAAGCCCAUUAUGUUUGCAGCACAUCAGGACGUCGUACCCGUUGAACGGAAGACGUGGGACCAGUGGGAACACAAGCCAUUCUCCGGCGAUAUUACUGAGGAUUCCGAAUGGGGCACGCUUUUGUGGGGACGUGGUUCAUUUGACGACAAAAACCAACUGAUUGGCGUUUUGCAGACGUUGGAAUAUCUGCUGGUCCAUGAACCUAAAUUUCAGCCUCAGCGCAGCAUCAUUCUUGCAUCUGGGUUCGAUGAAGAAAGUGGAGGUCAGCUGGGAGCCGCGUACAUUGCUAAAAACCUACAUGAACGCUACGGUGAUAACGGAAUCCUCAGUAUCAUCGAUGAAGGUGUGGUUGGCGUAAAGGAAGUCGACAACGUGUUGAUGGCCGCCCCGGGGACCGCCGAAAAGGGUCGCUUCGACAUGUGGAUUCAUCUCAACACUCCAGGUGGUCACUCGUCUGUGCCUCCAGACCAUACGUCCAUCGGGAUUGCAGCUGAAUUAAUCACAGACAUCGAAAGCGAGAAAUUUCCAGCCCUUUUCACUGAAAGAAACCCUGUUUCGCAAUACUACCGCUGCAUAGCCAAAAACUCCGACAGUAUAAGUCCUAGCGUGAAAAAGGACUUUGCACGGGCAAUUCAAGACCCAAAAGCAAGAGGUCGCGUCUUGAAAUACCUGUUUGAAACCGGAGGAAAGAAAACUGAGUAUCUGUUCCGCAGUACGCACGCAUUCGACCUGAUUCACGGAGGAAUCAAAGCCAAUGCCUUGCCAGAGACUGUGUCAGUGUUUGUUGAUUCACGGGUCGCUGUUGAGACCCCUACUGAAGAAAUUAAAGAAGCGUUCAUUGCUAAAGUUCUGAAAGUGGCUAAAAAAUACAAUCUUGGGGUCUCUACUCCAGACACAGUGCUUCUCGCAGCCACCUCUAACGGUAACUUUGUUUUAGAGUAUGAUGAACCGCUUGAAUCGGCCCCAGUGUCGCCAGAAAACGAGGUAUGGUCCGUUUUCGCCGGUGUCAUUAAAACUUUCUACGAGGAUGUGAUUUUCCCAAAAUCUCGCUACGACUCUCGUGAACUGGUCGUAGCUCCCAGCAUCAUGAGUGCCAACACAGACACCGCCCACUACUGGAAUCUCACCGACAACAUUUAUCGUUAUCAGCCGGGUUUUGCCAUGGAGGACACAUUGUCGACGAUACAUUCGGUGAACGAACACAUCAACUUCGAAACAGUGAUGCAUGUAGUAGCAUUCACAUAUAGCUACAUUCAUGCUGUCGAUGCUUCGGAGCUUUGA